AUGCCCUAUUGUAGAGCAAUCUCGAUUCCUAGAAACAACAAAACCGAUCGAGAUGCAUUGCUUCAAUUCAAGGAUAAGAUAUCGGACGAUCCGUUCGGGGUUUUCAGCACGUGGAACGACUCUAUCCAUUUUUGCCAGUGGUACGGGAUCACGUGUGGCCGUCGGCAUCCAAGGAUAACCCAUUUGAUACUUCGGUCUGGGAAACUCGUAGGAUCACUGUCUCCUUUUAUUGGAAACCUAAGCUUCCUCCAGAAAUUGGACAUCCAAGACAACAAUUUUGUUGGUGAAGUCCCCCCAGAGAUUGGUAACUUGUAUAGACUCAAAUACUUAGGCCUAUCGAACAACUCAUUCUCUGGUCAAAUUCCUGCCAACAUCUCAGGCUGCAAAAAUCUGGAAGCUUUGAGACUGGGCCAUAAUAUGCUAGUUGGUGAAGUUCCGAUAGCAAUUGCUUCUAUGUCGAAGCUAACAAGAGUUUAUAUAUACCAAAACAAUCUCUCUGGAAAGUUCCCUGAAUUCUUUGGGAACCUCACAUCUUUGGUGCGCAUCUCGGCAGCAGUUAAUAACUUUGUGGGAAGAGUUCCAGCCUCGUUGGGUCGUUUGCAAAAUUUGGAGUAUCUUUUUCUUGAUGCAAAUGGACUAUAUGGCACUCUCCCUUCCUCCUUGUUCAACAUAUCUUCUCUUGUCAAGUUUGAGGUUUACUUGAACCAACUUGAAGGGAAUCUUCCGCCAAAUUUAGGUGUCACUCUUCCUAAUCUUGAUUCUUUAAUUGUCGGGGACAAUCAAUUUACUGGGCUCAUUCCUGCUUCCAUAUCAAAUGCCACCAAAUUAACAUUGCUAAUAAUCGAGACGAACAAAUUUUCUGGAAACGUGCCUACUAUGGAAAAGCUUAAUCAGCUACAGUGGAUCAGUAUUUCAAGCAACCAGCUUGGCUUGGAGCUCCUGGCAAUCAAUGACAACAAUUUCGGAGGUACUGUGCCUGAAUCUAUAGGCAACUUAUCCUCCCAGUUGAAUCUAAUUUGGAUUGAGAAUAAUCGAUUGUCUGGAAAUAUUCCUUCAAGCAUUGGGAACUUGCGAGGCCUAGAGCGGUUGAAUAUGGGCAAUAAUGAGUUCACAGGCAGCAUUCCAAAUACCAUCGGAAAUCUCAUCAAGCUGAAGAAGUUAGUUGUUGAGAUGAGCAAACUCACCGGGAAUAUCCCCUCCACGAUUGGGAACCUAACGGAGCUACUGAUACUCAUAUUGAAAAGGAGCAAUUUUCAAGGAAGAAUUCCUCCUAGUAUCGGGAAAUGCCAAAAACUGAUAGCGAUCGACCUUUCGGAGAAUAGUCUGAGUGGAAUCAUACCAUCUCAAGCUUUCACCAUCUCUUCCCUAUCUAUCUUUUUUGAUCUAUCUGAAAACCAAUUGAGGGGUUCUUUACCAGAAGAAAUCGGUACAUUGAAAAACUUAGCCGCAUUAGACGUACACGGUAACAAGCUAUCAGGAAAAAUCCCUAGUACCCUCGGUAGCUGCACCAGCUUGGUGGAGCUUCACAUGCAAAAUAAUCUAUUUGAAGGGAAUAUCUCUUCAUUCUUGAGUUCCUUGAAUGGUCUUCAGUACAUAGACCUCUCGCGUAAUAAUUUCUCUGGCCCUGUUCCAACGUUCCUGGAGAAAUUUCAAUUGCAAUACCUGAAUCUAUCUUUCAACAACUUUGAGGGUGAAAUACCAAGCAAAGGGGUGUUCCAGAACACGAGUGCGACUUCGCUCAAAGGAAACGUUAAGCUCUGUGGCAGUAUGCCGAUCCUAGAUUUGCCAAAUUGUUCGACGAGCCAAGGAAAACACGGAUCAUCCACCUCUCGUUACGUUAUCAUUGCAGUUAAAUGUGGGAUAGUAGCAGUGCUGAUUCUUCUGUUGCUACUGAUGAUGUUUUAUUGGCUGAGGAGGAAGAAAAGUGAGGCUUCUCUAGAGACUCCAUCAAUAAGGGGAUUUCAGCAAGUGUCUUAUGAAGACAUUGUCAAAGCAACGGACGGGUUCAACUCUAGCAAUUUGAUUGGAAUGGGUGGUUUCGGCUCCGUAUAUAAAGGGACCCUAGUGGAUGAAAACAAAUUAAUGGCUGUUAAGGUUUUUGACUUUAAGCAACGAGAAGCAUCCAAAAGCUUCAUGGCUGAAUGUGAAGUCCUGAAAAACAUUAGGCAUCGGAAUCUUGUUAAGAUUCUAACAGCUUGUUCCAGUGUUGAUUUCCGGGGCAAUGAGUUUAAGGCUCUGGUCUAUGAGUUUAUGGAAAAUGGUAGCUUGGAGGAGUGGUUGCAUCCGAAUCUUGCACCAAAUGGGACACCAAGGCAUAUGUUAAGUUUUGUUCAGAGACUGAACAUUGCUUUUGACAUAGCUUGUGCGGUGGAUUAUCUCCAUCAUCAAUGCCAAAUAGCAGUGAUCCAUUGUGACCUCAAGCCAAGCAACAUUCUUCUGGAUGCCAAAAUGAACGGACAUGUUGGCGACUUUGGCUUAGCUAGGAUAUUCCCCAACGGCACUGGUGAUUUGACUGCAAGUCAAACAAGCUCAAUUGGACUUAGAGGAACUAUUGGCUAUGCUCCUCCAGAGUAUGGAAUGGGAAGCGAAGUGUCAAAAGAUGGCGACGUGUACAGCUAUGGAAUCCUGCUACUGGAGAUUUUUACAGGAAAGAGACCCACUCAUGACCUGUUUAAGGAUGCUUUGAACCUUUGCAAUUAUUGCGCAGCGGCUUUGCCAGAAAGGGUGGCAGAUAUAGUGGAUCAGCAGCUCCUGUUUUAUGAGACAGAAGAACUAUCAAUUGCAGACGCAAUAAGUAGUCAAAGAAGCAUGAGUGCUCACGUUCAAGAGUGCUUGGUGAUGAUAUUUGAAAUUGGAGUUGCCUGUUCUGCAGAGCUACCCCAAGAGAGAAUUAAGAUAAGUGAUGCGGUGACAAGAUUGCGUUUGCUGAAAGAGAGAGUCGACAAAAUGGGAUUCCGCUAGAAGCGAUGGAGAAGUAUGCGCAACGUCGGAAGAUUAGGAAUUGAUUGCUUUCUGUUUCCUCAAUUUCUUGUUUGGGAA